UCAUAGUUUUUGCUCCCAAGAUGGCGGCGCCCAGGUUCGUCAGCGGCCGGAGGCUUCGGGACGCGUUGGCGGCGGCCGCCUUCUUCCUCCACCUCCUUCCUCCGGCGGUCGGGUCGGAGGGAGGCCCCAGCACGGCCGAGUUCGACGUGAGGCCCGGCGGGAUGGUCCACUCGUUCUCCAGGAGCCUGGGCGACUACGCCUGCACUUUUACCUACGCUGCUCAGGGCGGGACGAAUGAGCAAUGGCAGAUGAGUAUCGGCGUCAGCGAAGACAACUUGCUCUUUUCUUGUUCAGUCUGGAGGCCCCAGGGGAAGUCUUACCUCUUCUUUACCCAGUUUAACGCUGAAGUGAAAGGCGCAAAGAUUGAGUACGGCGUGGCCUACUCCGCGGCCGCUUCCAGAGGGCAGAGCGACGUCCCAUUAAAGGAGGAGGAAUUCAUCGUGACAGAAACGGCAGUGACCCACAAGGAAGGCAAAUUCCGCUCGGAGCUGUCCAAAGUGCUGAUUGUCGCCAAAACGGCCCACGACGAACUCUGAACCGCCGGCGGCGUUCCCGGACCGUUGCGGGGGACAUAGUGGCCGACCCUCUGGUGGAUGCUGGUAAUUUUGUUGGGUUGGGGUGUGUGUGUGGGACUCUUCUUUCCUGUCUGCUGGCGCUCUAUUUGAGCAGGACUUGGGGAGGCAUCUGACGAAACACACUCUGUGCUUCGAGAACCCAAACUGGAAGGCUCCUGUCGAGGCGUUUUGGGGUGCGUUCCGCUGCGUGAACAGCCUCGAGACCGAAAAACGGCCGCAGAAACGCAGAAGGGAGAACUGCUUUCUCGCUACCGGCUGUUUCCAGUCCUGUGCUCUGGCGCCCGACCCAGGAGAGCUUCGGAGAACAUUGCUGAAAUUCGAUGCUCGUUUCCCCUUCCGGGAUCAACGAAUUCCUCUAGUCGCGCCCUCCCCGCGCCUCCCCUCUGUAAACUGGCCCCAUCACCGCAAAAGAGUCCUGCUUCCCUCGGUGAAAAAAACCACGAAACUGAAAACAGGCGAUAGG